AUGUUGACGCCGAUCGGGUUUGUGAACGCGGUGCUUCUAGCUGCUCGGUUGAAGAGCGGCGGUGGUACUAACACUGCGCCUGUGUGUUCCACUUGGGUAUGGUUAUCGCGUUUCAGCACCAAACGUCGGCUAUGGUACCCGCUCGGUGACCCACAUGUGCCUUGUGUGAAGGACGCCAACACGAUGGUAUCGCGAGUCGUUGCUAUUAUGUGGGUCAAUUGUGCUCGGGGCACCUUCUGGUUCUUGGAGCAGCCGAUGAACGGCCUGCUCGAAGUUCACCCUAGGUUCCAAGAAUUUGCCAAGCGUCAUCGGGUGUACCGCAUCGCAGUGUCCAUGGGGGCCUUCGGCGGUUCCAGCGAGAAGAAGACGUGGAUUUACUCGGGACAUCCCUGGAUCUCUGAACUCAUAGAUGCCCAACAUAAGUACGGGGAAUAUCAUGGCCCCGCCGUCGCGCUGUACGCGAGCGUCGACGGGAAGGUGCACGGCAACAAACCUGAGCUGAAGCUGUCGCAAGCCUACCCCGUGGGAUUCGGCAUGGCCGUUCGCGAUCUGUACUUGGCGCACAAGGUUGGCUGA